UAUGUAUCUCUAGCAUAGCCACCCCGGGAUUAUUCCUCAUACAUGUACAUUCAAGCUUAUAAUUAGCAUGUUACGAGGUUGUUCAACUUUUGUCACUGGUUAUUUCCAAGCUUGUUACAUGGUUUUCACAUGGUUGACAAAUGACUGAAAGGUUGUAACUACAUCUAUAUACCUUGCAACAACCACAUAGCAAGGUUGUUACAGUUGGAAUUUGUCUAUGGGCAUGUUUCCAUUGGGUUUGGGUAGAAGAAGCCUUGCAGAGCCUGUAUAUACUAAGAAAUACUGCACUACAUUGUAUGUACAGUCAUGCACAUGUAUAACUUAGCCUGACAUUUGCGUGUUACUAUACUAUACGUACAUUGUACGGUAUACAUGUAUGUGUAAUUAUGACCCGAUGUGCGUGGGUGGUCACGGGUAUAGAGUAGUCGUUUGGUUUGUAAUUUUGUAAUUUCUGAGCCUGCUCACCUAGAUGCUAUAGUGCUGCGUUUACAGUACGGAUAGCCUUCACGCAACAAGUUAUUAGUUUUAUAAUAGUGGCAGAAUUUGAUUGCUUCAUUGUCGAAUAACGUUGGCUACAUGGCCUCUAGCUACAGUCACCCUUUAUGUGAGGCAUGUAUUUACAGCUGAAGUGAUCCUGUACCAGGAACAAUGGAAAAGGGUCACUAAAAUAGAAAGCUAGAAUUGUGAUUAGGGUUGUUGCUUCUUUGCUUAUCCCUAGCCCCAGACCAUGCAGGAGCCAUAACUCUCUAGGCUCUUUUCUGACUGACUUUGCUGUGAUCCUAGUAUGCCUCAUGAAUGCAAAACAGUUUCAGCAUACCUAAUUUCAGUGCUUCUUAGCCAGCUUCCACUACUACUGCAUUUAUUGUAUUCAUGUAAACAGCGGAGGGUUAGCACUUCAGUGCUCUAUUUGAGUGUAUAUUUGAUUUGUGGUGGGUGCUACAAUGCAAUGAACAACACCAUAACACCUGUACAUUUCAAAGGCAUUGUGCACCCAUCAGUAUACCCCUGAAUGAGUACAACAUUCCUUUCAUUCCUGUGUUAAUUGGUUAGGCUUAAAGGUCGCCUAAAAUGACAGGUUGUGAGAGGAGACCUUCACAUACAUGUACAUGUAUAAAAGCAAUCCCUGAGUAUCAACAUCUUAUAUCACCCUUCAAAUCUGAUAAAGUGGAAUCUCUUCUAAAAUGGCAUCCAAGACAUCUCUACUCUCCAAUGCUACCAGUCACUAUGUUGUUCAGCUUGACAACAAAGAGUGUGUCAUUGUUUCCUCUGAGAGAGUUGCUUUUCCCUUCUCCUUUCCCUCGAGUAGCUGCUCUGUACUAUGGCAUGAUGGCCGACUACACACUGCUUCUAUUCUGGGUCGCACUGUCAAUGGAACGCCACCAAGUCCUCAGCAGGAGAGAAGCGAAGAAGACUCUGUAGAUGAAACACCACUGGCCAAGCGUUCAAGUAGCACUCCUGUCUGUCAAGGGAAGCGUGUGUCAUUCAGUAUUCCAGAGUGUUCUCAUGUUAGACGCCUGCCAGAUAGUGUGGUGGAUACAACCUGCUCAAGUCUCACCAGCUCCAGUACCUUUAACUCUACUAUUACCGACAGUCACAGUUACUCAAUGGAUGCUGGCAUGAAGACACAAAGUGACAUGCUGGACUUCAUUCCGACUCCAUUCGAGGAUUGGUACCUUGAGGACCGGGUCGAGGAAUAUGACGACGAUGUUCUUGGUCUACCGUGGUAUGCCUGCAACGAGUCUGACGUCAAUUACCCUGUCACCAUCAGCCCACUAGAAACGAAACUCUGAUCCAAUUGUUAUUUUUUCAAUCCACCAUUUUUUCUUCUUAUAUUAUUAUAUUAUUUUAUAUUGUUAACAGUUAAUUUAUGUCUGUGUUACUGAUGUGAUCGUGUUACUAUUCAAUUGCAUGCCAUGGUCAAAACUUCAAUGGUCAUUAACAUUACAAUUGAGUGUAAUAAUUAUACUGAUUACCGUGACACUUUUUUAACUACAGUAUAUUCGCCCUCA